AUGGACCGCCAGACCACCAAUGGCGGCUUGGCGAUGCAAUCCUCUGCGCCGGGGCGAUAUCUCUUCCGGCCCACUCUGCCGGAUCGGCGCGUCACUGCACCAACAAUCGAAGACGCCUACGUGCACUUCAUCUUGUACUGCAACCCGGCGAUCGACGUGAGCUCGGACACGACCCUCUUGAGGGAAGGCUUUCGCACGCCGCCAAGGAGUGGGGGCAAGGUCUUUGACACAUUUACCAUAUUCGAGCUGGUCAGGAGGUUUUACAACCGCGAGAUUAAGACCUGGACGGAGCUGACGACGACGCUCGGUGUUGAGCCGCCUGAUCCUUCAAGGGACGAAAGCGCUCAAAAGAUUGCGCAGUACGGGGUUCGUUUAAAGAAAUGGAUGAAUUCGAUGCAUGUCAAAGCAUUCUUCGAGUAUCUGAUAGGCGUGCCCAACGAGUACUGGACCAGCAUCCCCAAGGACCCAAAUCCAAUCGCGUGGGCCGUCCGCGAUGGUGUCGCGGUCGAGGACGACAUGGCUUUGCGGGCCUUGCUUCCUGAAAUCAGGCCCAAGAGGGGCCGGAAGAGGCCGGAAGGCGACGACGCCGCCGCCGUGUCGCCAGCCCAGAGACAGCGCUUGUCCCCGCCCUCGGCGCUGGAUGAGCACCGUCAAGCACGGCUGUCCGAGCCGUGGUCGGCCCGUGCAGAUGGCGGGAACAACAUGGACAUGGGCUCUUCAAAGACGUGCGGCCCCCAUGCAGCGUGGACAGGCAACGAGCCGGGACAGACACCGGUAAGCCGAUGGUCGCAAUCUGCAGCGACGCCAACCACAAGGGGAUCCUUUUGGGACGACGCGCUGCAGCCUCAGCCGGCCGCCACCCCUCCAUCUACAGCAAAGACGUCCGGUCACAGGAGAGGCGCGAAAAACGUCUCUUCGGCUUGGAAAACGGUGGGCCAAGACCCGGGAACGCGGCCGCGAGGCCGUCCUCCCAUCGCCAAUCGCGCACCUGCCAACGGGCCUGAUCAGCAUCUCCAACAGCCGUGGACGCCAACUGUUGAGACACCGGGGAAAUCGAGUUUCUCUCUGCCACCGCCAACGCUGCCACCGCCACCGCUGCCCCAGUCGCCUCACGGGCACGCCAACGGCAAUCAGCAGCCACCACCCCAGCAGCACCUCGAUCAACACUUUCAGCACGCCUAUCACCAGCACAUCUCGAAUGGCUACGGGGCAAGCGCAGACAUGAAUCACACGGCAGAUCCCGGGCCGCAGAUGGCUUACGAUGCCCCGAGGCCGGCAACAGGCGCAAGACCAAGCGUUUCGCUACAGGUGCCCGAACCCGUCGGCGACCCUGUGCGCCUAGCAACGCCUCCGGCACCGGCGCCGUCUUCGCAGCUUCCCCCAGGGCAAGCCAAAGGAGCCGAGGCCGCCGGCCAGUAUCACCCAGGUGACGUCGACAGCAAGUACCAGGAUGGGUGGCGCAAGUUUGCCAAGGAGGCCACAGACGCCUACGAGCAAGGCGGGGGACAGAGCAGCGGCGCCAAGGACAGCACGCUGGACGACGAGGAUGGCGAGCUGGAGGAUUACUACUUUGAAAAGAUGGAGGACCGCACCAACGUGGACGUCCUCGUCGCGUACUUCACACGUUCCAUGGUCGAGGCGGACUGGCGAGAUGUCAACGGGCAGCCCACCAAGACGGUGGGACUGGAGGAGUCCAUGGCCAUGGUUCACGCCAUGCUCCAAACCAUGCACAAGACGUCGACUUCGCCGCAGGCUUUCCUCAUCAACCUCGCCGCGCUGGCGGGUUCGACGAACCUGGUGACAAACAGGCCAAAAUGCACGCGCUUGAGCGAACAAGACGGCCAGUUCACGUACAAGUGCGAGUGGGAAUACCGGUUCGGCCAGGUCAAGGGUGGCUUCACCUUUGAGCAGGUCGUCCCAGCGAGCAUGUGGUCCAGGGCAAAAAGGAAGCAGCCAUGCCCGGCACCACCACCAACCGCCAACCCCGUGAGCGCGGACGUCGAGAGUAAACAGGACGAUGACCUGUUUUCAAAGGAGUACUGGCAAAAGAAAUACGAGGCGCUGACUAUUGCGAUGGAGGACCGAGACAAGCACCUGACGCGCCUGAGAGACAGGGUGAUGAGCGCCAUAGGGAGAGAUUUUGCCUGA